AAAGAAUGAAUCAUAUGUCUAACCUAGCUUUUAGCACCGCAACUGCAGCAUCAAUUUAUCACGCCAAAUCAAUGUAUAACAAGCAACCCUACCACAUGUCUAGUCUUACUGGUGAAGAAUUAAUUGAUGGACACCCCGACCAUAUCCGUAGUGAGCUGAGGGUUAGCCUCCAAGUAUUUGAGAAGCUUGCUGAGACAUUGAGAGAUACCGGUAUCCAAGGCUCAAAAUAUAUCAGCUUAAACAAAAAGCUCGCCAUUUUCCUCUAUGCCAGUGUUACUGGCCUUUCCACUCAACAUUUGGGUGAACGGUUCCAAAGGUCAAACAAUACAAUUUCAAA